GUAAAAAAUGGCCUGCGGCGUUACAAAACUUGGGCUUACACCAGCUUAAGCAGAGGAAUCUUUAUGAUCACGUGAAUGCUCUAGAGGUGCUCUAGAGUAAAAAUGACCCGAUAAACCGAUGGACCAACACAAAGCACCUUCGGCAGUUACGGUUAGUUAAACUUACAUAUCAAAUAAAUAAAGUAAUGUAUUUUAUAAAAUUUAAUUAUUAGAAAGCGUGAAAUAAUAACUACUUCUGAAGUGCUAGAGGAACAGUCAGGAAAAAUCAUAUUUAAGCGGAAAGCGACCUCUCUUGGAUCCUUUUGCCCGCCAGCCGCCAUAGGUGACGGUGUACUGUCUUACCACCGGGAACAAUCCAACUUAAUCUAAGUAACCAUGCUGCUUUUCAAGGAUAUCUUGACCGGUGACGAGAUGUUCACCGACUCGGUCAAAUACAAGCUGGUGGAUGACUGCAUCUUCGAAAUCGAGUGCGAGCACGUGACGCGUAAGGUGGGCGAGGUGGCGCUGGACGGCGCCAACCCAUCUGCCGAAGAAGUGGAGGAGGGCACGGAGGAGGGCACAGAGAGCGGCCUGGACCUGGUGCUGAACAUGCGCCUGGUGGAGACGGGUUUCUCCAAGACGGACUACAAGAACUACCUCAAGACCUACACCAAGGCCCUGAUGGACAAGUGGAAGGAGGACGGCAAGUCGGAGGCCGAGGUCAACGAGGCCAAGAGCAAGCUCACCGAGGCCGUCAAGAAGGUGCUGCCCAGGAUCGGGGACAUGCAGUUCUUCCUCGGAGAAUCUUCCAACCCCGACGGCAUUGUUGCCCUCUUGGAGUACCGCCCGAACAAGAGCGGUGGCGAGACGCCAGUCAUGAUGUUCUUCAAGCACGGGCUCUUGGAAGAGAAGCAGUAAACUGUUCCCGCUACGGACAGAAGACCUCACCUCUGCUGCGGGAUGGGCCAGGAAAUGGCAGAGCUUUAAGAGGCUGCUGCUGAACACCACAGCUUGUCCCGUCUCUCCACUCGGCUCUGCAUUUCUUGGCCACCUUUUGUAACUAAAGACAACAGAAGUUUGCUACUUUCAAUGAAACAAUAGGGCUGCAAAAAGUUUUAACAAAUACCUCUUCAGAAAAAGAAAGAUGCGGAUCCGGUUGCUGGCUGAUUAAACAUGGAAGUGACUUAACUCUUGCCCGUAUUUGUUGGCUUCUAUUUAUUGCAAACUAUCUUGAGAUCAAGCAGGGCAUUAAAAUAUUAUCCUGCACA